AUGUGUAUAUUUUUAGGUAAACAUUAUAUUUCUAUGGAUGGAAGAGUUGCCCAAACAAUAUUUAUUUUAAAAUAUGUUAAAGUAUCAAGUAUAAAAUAUGACAGAUUCACAAUUCCUUCGAAUCCUAAAUCCACUUUGAAAGUUGGACAGAUUUUCCGACAGACUGAUAGAUUAGAAGCUGGAUCAAUGUCUCUUAUUCUAAACAAAAAAGGAAAUUUACAGAUUCAAAGAAAUGGUCUACCAAUUUUUACCUUUGAUAAUACACCUUCGAAAUCAUCAUCUCCUAUUUAUUCAUUAUACUUUAAUAAUUCAAAUCUUCAAAUUCGUGAUAGUGUAGAAAAAGUAAAAUAUGAUUUCUGUACAAGUGGUUUAAAUGGAACAGAGUUAAUAUUACUAGAAACAGGUGCUUACAAUAGAGAAUAUGGAUUAGUUAUGGUCAACUAUAAAAGAAAGAUGGUUUGGGGAAGAUUUGGACCUUUGACAUCGACAGUGGAUACAAUGAUUCCUGGCAGUUAUAUUGAUAGUCAAGAUAAAGAGAAUAAUAAGUUGGAACAAGGUGAUUUCAUUACGAAUGGAAGAGACUACUUGAGAAUGGAAAGAGAUGGUGUAUUGAUGAUGUAUCUUGGCAAUCCAAAUGGCGAUACGAAUGGAUCACCUAGUGUUUUCAGUUCAUCUUCUCAAUUUUAUAAAGCCAAUUCAAAAUAUGUUAUGAAUUUGGAAAAUGGAACGAUGGUAUUCUAUUCAAAUGAUACUGCGAAUCCAAUAAUAUAUCGUGAACAUCUUCAUUCGGAUAUAAGAUUUCUUCACUUACCAAACCCAGAUCCAACGUACUCUAAAGCGGAAUGGUCAAUUCUCGGAAGAGAUUCCAAUGGUAAAAUAGUAUGGGGACACUUCAAUCAUCCAACUCAAAUAGUGAAUCAUCCCUUCAGUUGUAUAUCACAACGCAACCCUAAUCCAAAUUACAACUAUCCAUCUAUUAAUGGUAGCUAUCUGAUAAUGGAAGCUAACCCCAAGUCUAUGAAAUUCAUUGAUUUCUAUUGCAAAGAUGCCAACAUAUCGAUUUCGACAACACCACUUUUAAAUUCUAAACUAUUGGCUGCCUACCAUAUAAAGACUCCUGGAACUUUGUCAGCUAAAUCCUAUGGCAAGGUUUCACUUGGAUUCACAAGUAAAAGCGGUCAAUUCUUUGGAGUAUGGAAUUCUGUAACUCCUGUUUAUGGCGAGAUACUGUAUAUAACGGAUGCUCCACAUGUUGAAGAUUCAAACUUUUACUUCUUCACCUACAACCAGAUUCCAGCUCUAGUCAUUCUAGAUUGUAAGAGAAAACUGUGUGGUAUUGAUAAUCAAGACACAUGUGGAUGUCAACAUGUAUGGAGUCAACAAUUUGACCAAAUUAAUAAAUAA